UUCCAUUUCAAUCUCUUCAUAUUCUCAAUUCUCUCUCUCUCUCUCUCUGCAGUGAGUUUGUUUCUUCAAUCCUUCACUGCACCAGACGCCGCAUUUUCAACUUGGUACCCAAAUCUGAAACCAAAGAGAUGGUGGGGAAGAAUCAUUCACCAAAGGAAAAGAAUAGAGAUUGGAUUGGAGCACUUCUGAAUAGUAGCUCAGGUUAUUGUGAUGAUCAUCGUGAUCUUCGAUCUAAUGAGAAGAAUACUUUCUGUGUAGAUUGUGCAGUUAGAUUGUGUAGGCACUGUAAGGAAGCUCAUUCUAUUCAUAGAAGGUUUCAGAUAUAUAGAUAUUCAUAUCAGGAUGUUUUUCGUCAUUGUGACUUUCAGAAGCAUUUUGAUUGCUCAAAUAUUCAGACUUACAUAUCCAAUAACGAAAGGAUUGUGCAUCUAAAACCCCGGCCUCCAAUUUAUAAAUCUAAAGCUGGUGAUCAAUGUCCUGAAUCUAAAUCCAAAGAACACAACUUAUCAGCAAGAUUUAAGUCUGGUGGUAGUACAUGCGAAGAAUGUGGAAAACACUUACAAGAUGAGCGUAGUCGCUUCUGUUCCAUUAUAUGCAAGAUCUCAGUGCUUCCAAAUCAUCACUCACAAAAGAGUUCAGUUGAUUCUUUCAACCAAAGUGGUAGAUGUAACGUCACUCCAAAAACUGAGGCCAUUGACUUUACUAUGACUGAUAACCUUAAUUCGGAACCGGAGUCAUCUAUUUCUGAAGCUGAGCCAUGUGGGCGGGUUGAAGUUCUGAAUUUCAGAAAGCGUCCGAGAAAAACCACUCCUCAGAGGUCUCUCUUUGUUUUCAGUUCUUAGCGUACAUUUGGAAAUUGCUCUGCAAUUUUCACGGCAUCACCGUGUAACAACAUGAAGCUAGCACAGAUAGCUUCUCACAUGAGUCGCAUUCAACCGUGAUUUUCCAGUCUACUGUUUCCUUUAUUUCUUUCCCUUUGAUUAUUUCUGCUUCCUCCAAUUUAUCAUUUUUGGAUAAUAAGUAAGAUGUCUUGAACAAUUAAGGGAAGUUCAACUCCUUUAUACCCCAAUAUUGGGGUAUAAGUAUAAUUUGAGGGGUUUGAAGGUACAGUUGCCAUGAGAAAAGUAACUAGCUGAGCUUGUACAGCCUAAAACAUUGAUAUAGUAUUGCUAUUGAAACAAUCUUUUCAAUUAAUUUCAUUACUCUUGAUUAGAAUUCAUCUCACCAAAACUUGUGAAUACAUGCACUCUAAUGCUGCCAUCCAUGUUGAAUUCUUGAUCUGAUAAAUGCAAGACAUAGUGUGAA